AUGGAGGAUUACAAGUCAGAAAUUGAGAACUGGGACUUGUCUUUGAUGGAGGAGUUUCUAGACUUGAGUGCUGUUUUAGAACCUGGAAGAUCUUGCAAAACCGAAAAACCUGCCAUACUUGAUGAUGCUAUCAGAGUGUUGACCCAACUCAAAUCUGAGUCUCUAGAGCUCAAGGAAACAAAUGAGAAGCUGCUCGAAGAAAUAAAAUGCCUGAAGGUGGAAAAGAAUGAGCUUCGAGAAGAGAAACUGACGCUGAAGGCUGACAAAGAAAGAAUGGAACAGCAGUUGAAAACCAUGAGCAUCCCACCUGCUGGGUUCGUGCCUACUCAUCUAGCAGCUUAUCAUCAUCCAGUAGUAAACAAGAUGGCUGUAUAUCCAAGCUAUGGCUUAAUCCCGAUGUGGCAGUACAUGCCUCCAUCUGCCCGUGAUACAUCUUCUGACCAUGAGCUGAGGCCACCUGCUGCUUAG